GAAAGCUGAGGCGGCGAGCCCGGCUCGCGGGAGCAGGUCUCUGCCCCCGCGCGGGGCCCCGGCCGCGCGGCCGGAGGGAGCGGCCGGAUGGAGCGGAGGAUGAAAGGCGGAUACUUGGACCAGCAAGUGCCCUACACCUUCUGCAGCAAAUCGCCCGGAAAUGGGAGCUUGCGAGAAGCAGCGCUGAUGGUCCCGCAGGGAAAGCUCAUGGACGCGGGCUCGCUGCCGCCCCCCGACUCUGAAGAUCUCUUCCAGGACCUAAGUCACUUCCAGGAGACGUGGCUCGCCGAAGCUCAGGUACCAGACAGUGAUGAGCAGUUUGUUCCUGAUUUCCAUUCAGAAAACUUGGCUUUCCACAGCCCCACCACCAGGAUCAAGAAGGAGCCCCAGAGUCCUCGCACAGACCCGGCCCUGUCCUGCAGCCGAAAGCCGCCACUCCCCUACCACCAUGGCGAGCAGUGCCUUUACUCCAGUGCCUAUGACCCCCCCAGACAAAUCGCCAUCAAGUCCCCCGCCCCCGGUGCCCCUGGACAGCCGUCCCUGCAGUCCUUUCCCCGGGCAGAACAGCGGAGUUUCCUGAGACCCUCAAGCACCUCGCAGUCCCACCCUGGUCAUGGGUACCUUGGGGAGCACAGCUCCGUCUUCCAGCAGCCCCUGGACAUGUGCCACUCCUUCACAUCUUCUCAGGGUGGGGGCCGGGAGGCCCUCCCAGCCCCCUACCAACACCAGCUGUCGGAGCCCUGCCCACCCUACCCCCAGCAGAACUUCAAACAGGAAUACCACGACCCCCUGUAUGAGCAGGCGGGCCAACCAGCUGUGGGCCAGGGUGGGAUUGGUGGGCACAGGUACCCAGGGGCUGGGGUAGUGAUCAAACAAGAACAGACGGACUUCGCCUAUGACUCAGAUGUCUCUGGGUAUGCCUCCGUGUACCUGCACACGGAGGGCUUCUCUGGGCCUUCCCCAGGGGACGGAGCCAUGGGCUAUGGCUAUGAGAAGCCUCUGCGACUGUUCCCAGAUGAUGUCUGCGUUGUCCCUGAGAAGUUCGAAGGAGACAUGAAGCAGGAAGGGGUGGUCGGAGCAUUCCGGGAAGGGCCGCCCUACCAGCGUCGGGGUGCUUUGCAGCUGUGGCAGUUUCUGGUGGCCCUGCUGGAUGACCCAACCAAUGCCCAUUUUAUUGCCUGGACGGGCCGGGGGAUGGAGUUCAAGUUGAUUGAGCCUGAGGAGGUUGCCAGACUCUGGGGCAUCCAGAAGAACCGGCCGGCCAUGAACUACGACAAGCUGAGCCGCUCACUGCGAUACUAUUAUGAGAAGGGCAUCAUGCAGAAGGUGGCCGGUGAGCGAUACGUGUACAAGUUCGUGUGCGAACCCGAGGCCCUCUUCUCUCUGGCCUUUCCAGACAAUCAGCGUCCAGCUCUCAAGGCUGAGUUUGAGCGGCCAGUCAGCGAGGAGGACACAGUCCCUUUGUCCCACUUGGACGAGAGCCCUGUCUACCUCCCAGAGCUGGCUGGCCCUGCCCAGCCCUUUGGCCCCAAGGGGGGCUAUUCUUACUAGCUGCCAGUGGCUUCUGCCCC